AUGGGGACAAGAGCGCCAGCCAUUGGUUUUACAGGUACGACGGUGAUAAGCUGGAUGGGACAGUUCGCGAGAUCCAGUCCAUUGGAUCUGGCUUCUUUCCCAGCUUCCAGGCCGCCAAGUACGAGACCAGCGGCAAUCUCUGCGCCCAUGAUGACAGCAACUAUUUCCUCGUUCCUCCAACAGACCCCAACCGCAGCAAGGAGUAUCCUGCUGGCCAGCUCCUUUUCCGAAAGAUUGCAGUCAUCUACUACCUGA